CGCUCGAACAACUUUUCCGCACUCACACCUGGCGCCCAACUUCAAGAUUUGGACCUAUAUUUGAUAUAUACAUUAUCGUUAACAACAAAAGAAGCAAACAUGGACUGCAACAAACAAUCUACUUCGUGUAAUACAAACAACGAAAUUGUUAUCUCUGGUAUUGCUGGACGAUUUCCUAAUUCUGAUAAUAUGAAACAACUUCAGGAUAAUCUUUUCAAUAAAAUCGAUCUUGCUUCGAACGAUCAUCAAAGAUGGAACACUGCUGAGUUUGACAUGCCCUCUAGACUUGGCAAGAUCAAUAACAUAGAGAAGUUUGACGCACAAUAUUUCGACAUUUCUAUGACUGAAGCUCAAGUAUUAGAUCCUAUGGCUAGAAUGUUACUGGAACACACUUAUGAGGCAAUUAUUGAUGCUGGACUUAAUCCUGAAGAGUUACAGAAAACAAAUACUGGUGUAUUUAUAGGAUGUUGUUUUUCUUUGACAUUUAAUGAACUUAUGUAUAAUAAACCUCAGAUAGCUGAACAUGUACAUUCAUCUGCCAAACUUUUCCUGGCAAACAAGAUUUCUUCUUGGUUAAAUGUCUCUGGACCAUCAUACGUUGUAGAUACAGCCUGCAGUUCAAGUCUUUUCGCUUUAGCUCAUGCGUACACAAGAAUGAAAAACGAAGAAUGUGAUGCGGCCAUUGUAGCUGGUGUUAACCUGUGCUUGCAUCCUUAUAUAACGUAUCAAUUCUUUAGUCUUGGAGUAUUGUCCGCUGAUGGUUACUGCAGACCUUUUGAUGAAAACGGCAGUGGUUACAUGCGCAGCGAUACUGUAACAGUGCUGGUUUUGCAGAAAGCAAAAAAUGCAAAACGAAUUUACGCUACAUGUGUUAAUGUUAAAACAAAUUGCGAUGGUUUCAAAGAAGAAGGUAUUACAUAUCCCUCUUUUAAAAUGCAGAAAGCUUUACUAGAGGAGUUUUAUAAGGAAUGCAAAAUUGCACCUUCUGAGAUAUCUUAUAUGGAAGCUCAUGGAACUGGUACUGUAGUAGGCGAUCCAGUAGAAGUUAAAGCUAUUGAUCACGUUUUCUGUAAAAACAGAAAUAGUCCUUUAUUGAUGGGCUCAAUAAAAUCAAAUCUUGGACAUUCUGAGCCUGCUAGCGGUCUCUGUCAAAUAGCAAAAGUACUGAUAGCAAUGGAAACUGGUAAAAUUCCAGCAACUCUGCACUUCAAAUCACCGCGAAAAGAUCUUACUGCUGUUCUUGAAGGUAGAAUUAAAAUUAUUACUGAACUUACACCUUGGAAUGGUGGGUACGCAGGUGUAAAUUCUUUUGGAUUUGGUGGCGCAAACUGUCAUGUAUUAUUAAAAUCAAAUCCGAAAAAUAAGAUAAAAAAACUAGACGACUUACCUAGACUUGUAAUUGUGUCUGGUCGUACUGAAGAAGCUGUUCAAACGAUUCUGGAUGAUGUACAUAAUCGGCCGAUAGAUACAGAAUAUAUUGCUCUUUUACACAGCACUUAUAAUAAAAAUAUAGAACGUCACCCGUAUAGAGGAUAUACUAUAGUUGGAUUAACAGAAGAUCAUAGGUCAAUUAAUAAGAUAGAAUGUUAUUCAAAUAUAAGUAAACAAAUAUGUUUUCUAUUUCCCGGAACAGAUGUCAUAUGGAGUAAUAUAGGCCAAGAUUUAAUGAAACUACCAAUAAUUGUCAAGACAAUUCAGAAAUGUGAUGAAGCACUAAAACCAUACGAUAUAUGUGUCACGGACAUUUUAUUAAAUAAAAAGGAAACUACUUGCAAUGACAAUAUAAAAUCAUUCGUGGCAAUCAUUAGUAUUCAGAUUGCAAUAGUAGAUCUUUUACUACAUAUUGGAAUUGUGCCCGAUUAUGUACUUGGUCAGUCGAUUGGUGAACUUUUGUGCGGAUAUGUGGAUGAACUUUUUCCUGUUGAGGAAACAAUUUUAAUGGCGUAUUAUAUGAGUGUUGCGUUUGAUAAAAUAGAAGUAGAACGGUGUGAUUAUAUUUCUGCUGCUUCUAAUCAGUAUUCAGAAUCUACUAAAUUAAAGCUACUAGAAUAUCUGAAUCAAAUAGCACCAUAUAAAUCUAUGAAAAAUUUUAAGUAUAGUAAGAAAUGGUUAAACAAGUUUUUGCCUCACAAUAAAAUAUACAACUCACUUACGCAGUUAUCUGCUGCAGAAUAUUAUGCACACAGUGCAGUAUAUUCGUCACUUGAAGAAAUUUUACCUAUGAUACCGAAAAGUGUGGUAGUUAUUGAAAUAAUAUCAUAUAAUAAUUGGCAAUUUUUUAUGAAAAACUGUUUAGAUUCAAACUAUAUUUCAUUAUUUCAACACGGUCACCAAAAUAAUAUAGAUAGCGUUUUGAAAGGAAUUGGGAAUCUUUAUAAUAUCGGAUGUCAACCGCAAGUUGCAAACUUAUAUCCGCCAAUACAAUUUCCAGUCAGUCGUGGAACACCAAUGAUAUCUCCUCUNAUAAAAUGGGAUCACUCUGAAAAUUGUUACGUUGCAAACUUUCUAAAUAAGAAAAAACCUACCAUUAGAGAAACAAUUCAAGAGAUUACAUUCAAAGAUUCCAAUUUGAAAUAUAUGUAUGAUCAUGUAAUUGACGGUAGGAUUCUAUUGCCAGCUUCAGGUUAUCUGAUUUUAAUUUGGAAAAUGAUUGGAACAAUGUCAUGCUGCGACUAUAAAGAUAUACCAAUUAUAUUUGAAGAUGUUAACUUUCUUCGCGCUACUUACUUAUCAAAAUCGACUACAGUUAAACUGACUCUUUCAAUACAAAACGGCAGCAAUCAGUUUGAGAUUAGUGAAGAAACUACUGUUGUUGUUACUGGAAAAGUGUGGAUUCCACAUGAUAUUGCAAAUCAUAAAUUACUUAUUCAUAAUUUAAAAGAACCUGAAUAUAACGUUACAAAAUGUAUGAAUACCAAGGAUAUUUACAAAGAAUUACGACUUCGUGGUUAUCACUAUUNUGGUAUAUUUCAAGGCUUGAAAAGUGCAUCAAUUUCAGCAAAAAUGGGAUAUAUUACAUGGUCAGACAAUUGGACAGCAUUUAUUGACAACAUGCUGCAGAUGAAAAUUUUGUUACUAGAUUCCAGAAGUCUUUUUGUACCAACAAGAAUUCGUAAAUUAGUAAUUGAUCCUCAAUUUCACAUAAACCAAAUACAAACUACGCCUGAUGAAAAAGCGAACUUUUCUGUACGCGUUUAUGAUUCUCUGGACGUUAUAAUAUCUGGAGGAAUAGAAAUGUAUGGCGUUAUGGCUACAAAUAUACCUCGACAAGUUACUGAACCUAUUCAUGAUGAAUAUUGUUUUAUUGCUCAUUGUGAUCGUGCUGUGAUGUCUCUAACAGAAAUUAUACAAAUAUCAGCGCAUAUCUCGCUUGAAUGUAAUCUAGUACUACAGGCAAAUUUUAUUGAAUUAAUUGAAGAUGUUGACACAGUUACAGAGCAAGAUCUAAUCUCUACAAUCCUUUAUGACAUUUUAAAUAAUUUGCCAAUGAUCGAACCAAAUGUUACAUUGGUUGCUCCAGCUAAUCGUUUCAAAAAUAAUGAAUUAUCNNCAAAUAUCAAGCAGUCCGACAAUUUGACAAAANAUAACAAUUUCCUAAUNAUNNUUGUUUUCAAACUUUUAACAAAAAACANAAGUGAAUUAAUCAAUACAUUAUUGUCUACAUUAAAGGAAGGUUGCUUUGUGCUGUCAAGAGAAAAUCUCACUGAGUCNUACAAUUAUACAUUAUUACAACAAUAUAAGUUGAAUAUAGUUUUAGAGAAACGUACAGAGAAAGAGGCAUUUGUGCUUUUAAGAAAAACACAAAGCAUUGUACCGCAAGAAGUUAUAUAUAUAAAUAACUCUGACUUUUCGUGGAUUAACAAGUUGAAGUCUGCAUUAAACAUGGAUGAUAAAUUAAACGCAUCCACAAGAACAAUAUUAGUUGCAGACGAUUUUGAAUGUGGCAUAUUGGGUUUUAUCAAUUGUUUACGAAAAGAGCUGAACAAAACAGAUGACAAGAUUAGAUGUGUAUUUAUCCAAGAUGAAAAUGCGCCGAAANUCUCUUUACAAGACUCUUUCUACAUAAACCAAUUACACUUGGACUUGCCUAUUAACAUUUUACGCCCCAACAAAGUUUGGGGAUCGUAUAGACAUCUUCCGUUACCACAACUAAAACCAAAAUUNGUACAGCAUGGUUAUGUCGCUCAGAGUGUGCGAGGUGAUUUGAGCAAGUUGCGUUGGGUUGAAGGCCCGAUAUCUCCUGAUUACAAACAAGAAAAUCUCGAUGUGAAUUUGUCGGGUACAAUGCAGCUGGUAAAAGAAUAA